ACGUCGUGCUCGUGCCGCAGGUCCCAAAUAGAAACGUGAGGCUCUCAGCGGAGCACGAGGAGCCGGAGGAGAGGGAGAGCUCGGGGGUGAGACGGGGUGAGACCGGGGGUGAGACGGCCAGGAUGGGGGACAUAGCAGGGAACGAAGACAGCUUCUACUCCAACGCUGAGGGUUACUGGAAGGACGUCCCGCCCACGGUGGACGGCAUGCUGGGAGGCUACGGCAGCAUCUCCAGCAUCGACAUCAACGGCUCCAAAGCCUUCCUGCAGAAGUUCCUCGGCGAAGGCGAGGGGAAGACGGGUUCGGGCUGCGCCCUGGACUGCGGCGCCGGCAUCGGGAGGAUCAGCAAGCGCCUGCUGCUGCCGCUCUUCCAGACCGUGGACCUGGUGGACGUGACGCAGGAGUUCCUGGACAAGGCCAGGCCCUACCUGGGCGAGGAGGCCAAGAGGGUGGGCCACUUCUUCUGCUGCGGCCUGCAGGACUUCGUGCCCGAGAGCGGGCGCUACGACGUCAUCUGGAUCCAGUGGGUGAUCGGCCACCUGACGGACAACCACCUGGUGGAGUUCCUGCGCCGCUGCCGCAGCGCCCUGCGGCCCAACGGCCUCAUCGUCAUCAAGGACAACGUGUCGUACGAGGGCGUGGUCCCCGACGAGGUGGACAGCAGCGUCUGCCGCGACCUGGACAUCGUGCGCAGCCUGGUGGGCCGGGCGGGCCUCCGCAUCGUGCACGAGGAGCAGCAGGUCAACUUCCCCAAGGAGAUCUACCAGGUCCACACGCUGGCGCUCAGAUAGGAGGAGCGCCGGCCCGCAGCGCCACAAACUGAGAGAGGAGCCCUCCUCGCGGACCCGCUCCGCUGCAGGGGUCCAGACCAGGUCCUGCUCAGGCCCCGCCCCCAUCCCAGCAUGAAGGACGGGGAUCCUGCAGGACCUGGACUGGACGCUCCUGGUUUACUGCAUGUCAGCAUCAACAGGCUGAUCUGAGCCGACCUGCUAGACUCCUCCCACUCCGACUGACUCCUCCCACUCCGACUCCUCCCCUUCCUCGGCGCGACCGGCAGUGGAGGAGAUGAACUCGCCUUUCUCUAGCAUUUUCUACUCUCUACGUCUAAUUUAUUCAGCGAGACAGUCGAUAAUUUAAUCAGUCAUCAAUAUUGUCAAUAAAACAUGAGAUGAUUAAACAACAGUGAUUCUUCUCAUCGUCACAGAAUUAUUUUAUUGGUGGUAUUUUUUAAGUUUUCUUGUAAUUUAACCUUAAAGCAACACUAAGGAACUUUGUUUUCAUUGAUUUUGGCGGCGCC